AUGACGUCCACUGCACUGGUCACAGAGAGUUUGGGGUCUCACGCCAACUCUUCGGAGGAACCUGAUGCGACCAAAGGGUUCACGCUUAAAGAUGACAACGAGGUUUUCGUAAGUGAUCUGAAUCAAAUGCUGCUUGAUGAACUGGACGAAGAAACAACAAGGAGUUCUGAUUACGUUGGUGGUGAUGUCGUCAGGAUUGCUGAAUGGUCUUGGUUUCCAAUUCGCUGGACAUGGGUUGUAAUCUCAGAACUAGUUGUUGGAGUCAUCGGCAUCAUCGGGAACCUCUUGGUAAUUACUGUUCUCUUUCAGCGACGUGCUAAGAGCCGAUCGACCGAUACCCUCAUAGGCGCACUUGCUGUGGCGGAUCUCUUGACCUCAGUUGGACUACUUCGGUUUGCUGUACCCUACGCUAAAACAGUUCCUGUAUCUUGGAUCGGACAGGUCUACUGCAGAAUGGUCUGGUUGCCAAUGUACAUGUGGGUGUGGGCCUAUAUGUCAGGGUUCGUGCUGACUGCCAUCUCUGUUGAGCGUUACAUCGCGGUCACCCACCCGAUCUAUUUCAACAGGAUCUUGACCAGACGGCGAGUAUCGGAGGUAGUUGUCAUUAUAUGGAUCUUAUCUAUGUUGGUCUGCAUCCCUUCCGCCUUUGUAACUGAUGUGGACAAAGCCAAUCGUCGAUGCAUAGUCAGGAGAUCGCCUGUCUAUAAGAAGGCAUUCGCUUUCUAUGCUACAAUCGUCCAGUUGGUCAUUCCGGCAGUCAUCAUGGUCGUAACCCAAACCCUAAUCGCCAUCAAGCUCAAAGCCCAGUCAAUGCGCUUCGAAGGUUCUAAAUCGUACCAUGUCGCCGCCAGCAGAGCAGUCAUCAAGAUGAUGUGCAUCGUUAUCAUCGCGUACAUUGUUUGUUGGACACCCAACCGCUUCUUUCUGUUGAUCACAACCUUGUUCCGUAUUCAGUCAAAAACCUCGAGUCGGAUUUCCCAGGGCUUCGUUGUUCUUGCUGCCGUCAACUCCAGCAUCAACCCCAUCAUCUACAGUAUCCGUUACCAGGAGUUCCGCAAGGCUGUCAAGGUGCUUUUUGCAGGAGGGAAGGUUCGAAGUAAAGCGAUGUUCGAUACUGACAUCAAUACAGACUCCACGAGUGAUGGGACUGUUUAA